AUGUCUGACUCUUUCUCAAAGGCAGGGCCAGAGACUCCUGCUCCCUCGUAUGAAAGCAUCGACUCUCAACCACUGAACAGGGCCAUAAUGUCUCUGUUCAGGCAGAAAAUGGUGGCUGCGAUCGGGAAAAAUUCUGAUAAGGAAGGAUAUGACGCGAUAGUCGAUCUUACUAGACUUCUCAACUCAAAAAGCAGCAAUCCUAGGGACACGCAGGUCAAAACGCGACAGAUCCUGCUCUCCCUGUUUCCAUCCUGGCUACCACCUGCAUUCAAGGUCAUGUUCUCGAAGCCUAUGCCUGAAGUGUCCUGCCAGCUCAACGCGUGGGUAACGAUGCUCACCUGCCAGUGGCUGAUGGGUCCCUGCAAGGUAAAUGAUGUGGAGCUGGAUGGGGGCCGGAUAGGAUCAGGGCAAGGGGUGCUAGUAGAGAGGUGCAGAUAUCUUGAGGAGACCGGCUGCGCUUCAGUGUGCCUCAACAGCUGUAAGAUACCCACGCAGGAGUUCUUUGCCAAGGACAUGGGGCUUCCGCUGACAAUGACGCCCAACUAUGAGGACUUCAGCUGCCAGUUCAGUUUCGGGCUGACACCCAAGCCCGCAGCAAUUGACGAGGCAUUUGCCACUCCUUGCUUCUCACAAUGUCCCAGCAAGCAGCGGCAUAGAGGGGAUAGGUGUCCUGGGGCUGACGUGGAAGCAGCUCAGCUGGCAUGA